AUGAACGAUAACACUGGCCACCAAAAGUAUUCUGUACUAUUGUCUAAGAAGAAGUGGGCAGGUUUAUCAAAGAGAACAGAGCUCCUCAAAUAACUGUGUUUGUAGUUGGUGCUGUUGUUGUUUACCUUCUUCCACUUUGUUUCUGUCUUAUCGUUACUGCUUCAGACCUUUAUGAUAUUUGCCCUAUCAGAAAAACAUCGAUGUUGACAUGUGCCAUGGUAAACUCACUUGUUAAUCCACUGAAUUACUGCUGGAGACAAAAAGAAAUGAGAAAGGUGAUAUCUAAAGUAAGAACACAGGCUGUCCCUCCAGACAUCCAGUGA